CAAAGCAAGCUCCAUGAAGACAUGUUUUGCCGAGGUUGGAGUGGAAGAGCUUGAUUAUCCUGCACAGAGUCCUGACCUCAACCCCACUGAACUCCUUUGGGAUGAACUGAAACACAGACUGCACCUCAGUCCUCCUCACCUGAUAUCAGUGUCUGACUUCACUAAUGUUCAUGUGGCUUAAUGAGCACAAAUCCCCACAGCCACGCUCCAGAAUCAAAUGGGAAGCCUUCCCAGAAGAUUCGAGCUUAUUAUGAUCACAAAAGUGAGACAGAAUCUGGAAUGGGAAGUUCAACAAACACAUAUGGAUGUAAUGAUCAGGUGACCACAUUAUUUUGGCCAUAUAAUGUGUGCGCACACAUACAACAGUGUUACAAAUGUAACCUCACCUCAACAUUUCAAGCAAAAUAAUAACAACAGAGACAAUAGGGGGGUCAAUGCACCCUCAGGUAAAAAUGUGAAACAAUUAAAAUAAACGUCUUUCAAAUUCAGACCUUUAUUUUGAAGGAAAAAAAAAGCCGGAAGUGCGACUGUAGUUGCGUUCAGCAAAUGAUCCCGGGCUCCGUUAUUGGUUAAGAGUAUAUCUUAAUCAAAAUAAAUUAAUCAAAGGUGAGGACUAGUGAUGCUAGUUAGCGGAUUUUACAAUGCGCAGUUAUUAAAUGAACGUUUGUGUGAAAUGGAAGAUCUUGCGUGAGGCUUGAAAAUAAACAAGUGGACCAUCUCGUUGCUAGCUAGCUAACCUAGCUAUGUCUUCUGACCCUCUCAAGAAACGCAAGACCAAAGUGAUCCGGAGUGAUGGCGGCACUCCAGAAACUAAACGCGUUCGGGGAGAAGGAGACCAGGAUGUGCGUACGUAUAAUGAAGAAGCGGAACUGGAGGGUCGAGACCCUGAACAGGAUUACACCCUGUAUAAAUACACCUGUGAGGCACUGGCUACGCUAAUGGGUGAAAUCCAAGAACUGAAAGCCAAUGGAGCUAAAGAAGGCAGUGUAGAGGUCGAAGCAAAACGCAGGCAAGGAUGUGUUCACUUCAUCACUCUGAAGAAGCUGAAUCGUCUGUCACACAUGAGGCUGAAGAAAGCACGGGAUCAGACACACGAGGCGAAGCAGAAAGUGGACGUGUUGCACCUACAGCUGCAGAAUCUUCUCUAUGAAGUCAUGCAUCUUCAGAAAGAAAUCGGCAAAUGCCUCGAGUUCAAGUCUCAGCAUGAAGAGAUUGAGUUAGUCAGUGUGGAUGAGUUCUUUAAGGAGGCCCCAGCUGAAAUCUCCCGCCCUCAUCUCACCAAAGACGACCCUCACCAGCUCACGCUCGCUCGGCUGGACUGGGAACUGGAGCAGAGGAAGAGGUUGGCUGAGCAGUACAAGAGCUCGCUGUGCACUAAGGAAAAGAUCUUGAAAGGAAUUGAGUUGAAGAAGGAGUACCUGAGCAGUCUUCAGCCAGGACUGCACGCUAUCAUGCAGGCGUCUGUGCCUGUGCAGGAGUACUUGUCCAUGCCAUUUGAGCGUGUGCAGAAACAGGCUGAGGUCGCGCGGCACCUUCCUCCUCCUCUGUACGUGCUGCUUGUGCAGGCCAGUGCUUAUGGACAAGCCUGUGACAAGAAUCUGUCUAUGUCUAUCAGUGGAGAUGUGGAUGAAGCCAAAGCUCUUUCCAGACCACCCGAGGAUUCUCAAGAUGAUGAGAGUGAUUCUGAUGCAGAGGAGGAACAACAGAACACUAAACGACGGAGAGGUACUGUCGGCGGUCAGCUUGAGGACAAGCGUAAAGAAAUGCUGAAACCGCAUCCUCUCUCGUUGUGCAUCGACCUCAAGUGUAAAGAUGGCAGUGUGUUGCAUCUGUUUUUUUAUUACCUGAUGAACCUCAACAUUCUCACCGUGAAAGCAAAAGUUUCGGCCUCUGCAGACCUCUCAGGAGCCAUCAGCGCAGGGGAGCUGCUGAACCCAAAAUCUCUGUUGAACUGCCUGUACGCUUCUGAUGAUGGACAAGAAACCCCCAACCCUACCAACCGCUACCAGUUUGACAAAGUGGGCAUCACAACUUUUUCUGAUUAUGUGGCUGACUUUGGACAUCCAUAUAUCUGGGUGCAGAAUCUUGGAGGAUUACAAUUCUCCAGUGAUAAACCGCAGGUGGAAGGGGCACGCAGUUCUCUCAGUGCCAGUCAUAUGGAGCGCACCAUGAAGCUGCUGAGAGGACGCCUGCUGUCUCGCCUGGCUUUGCACAAACAGUUCAGCUCUCUAGAGCACAGCAUAGUUCCUGUCUCCACUGAGUGCCAGCAUCUCUUCCCAGCUAAAGUGGUCUCUCGCCUGUCUCGCUGGACUAUGAUGAGCCACCAGGAUUUCCUGGAGUUAGGCUUUGUGCAGCAUGUGGUGCAGGCUGGCCUGGUGCGGGAGACUGACCUGUUCUUCAUGGCAGUAGUGGAGAGGGGAACGGCUCGUCUUCAGGCUGCGGUGGUGUUGAAUCCUCGCUAUCCAGAGAUCGCCCCUCUCUUCUCACUCUCACUGCUCUGGAAAGGAGAGCGCAGUGGACGCACAGAUGAUAACCUGCGGGCGAUGGAGAGCGAGGUGAAUGUGUUUAGAUCUGAACUCCAGGGACCCCGACCAGGCCUGCAGCUACUGACCAACCAGAUCCAGCGUCUAUGUGUGUGUCUGGAUGUUUAUCUGGAGACUGAAAGCCAAGUGUGUGACGGCUCAGAGGGUCCGAGAGAAUUCCCAAGGGAGAAGAUGUGCUUACGCUCUGCCAGGGGACCUAAUCGUCUGAAGCCUUUUAAGUACAACCACCCUCAGGGCUUUUUCAGUCAUCGUUAAAUCUUUCCCCUUCUCUACAUUUUACCUUCUUUUUUACAACUUGAAUAAUUUUUCAAGUGUUUGAUUCUAUAUUGUACUGUUUCACUGUUUAGAAUAAGAAAUAAAACACUUUGUGAUACAUUGU